UUUUAUUAUCAUCCGCACAACUUGCGUUUUAAAAGGUCUUACAUUUCCCAGGUAGAUAAAAGUGUAGUCUCAGUUGCUUUGUAACCUAUAUUCUACAGUGCAAAACAGUACACCCACCCUUCAUCUUUCGGUCUCCGAGCGUUUGCACCGCCAACGAUGGUGGCCCAGAAAACCGUCCUGAUCACCGGUUGCAGCGAUGGUGGAAUUGGGUCUGCUUUAUCCAAGGCUUUUCAGGCUAGAGGGUUCCAUGUCUUUGCUACUGGUCGUUCCAAGCAACGACUUGCCCAUCUCGAGGCACUCAAGGAUGUGACCUUGCUCGAGUUAGACGUGACAUCCUCAGCAAGCAUCGACACCGCCUAUGAAGCAGUUAAACACCAAACAGGGGGGCAACUGGAUUACCUCGUCAACAAUGCUGGUGUAAUGUCUAUCAUGCCAUCACUCGAUAUAGACAUUCGGCAAGCCAAAGAACUUUUUGACACAAACUUCUGGGGCGUCCUUGCCAUGGUUCAGAAAUUUUCACCGCUUUUAAUCUCGGCAAAGGGUUGCAUUACAAAUAUCUGCUCGAUUUCCGGGUUUAUCAACGUUCCAUUUGAGAGUGUAUAUGGCGCUUCUAAAGCGGCUCUCCUGAGGUACAGCGAAACACUACGCCUAGAACUGGCUCCUUUCCACGUUCGAGUCCUUUCAGUCGUUACAGGGCCGGUUGCCACCAAUCUUGGCUCCCCAGGGAAGAAUCACCGUCUCCCUUGCAAGUCUUUGUACUCGGCUGCUUCAAAGGAGAUCAAGGAGCGUGCCAUGGCAGAAGGGUAUAACAAAAUGGAAGCUCAUGUGUACGCCGACCAGCUUGUGAAAGACAUGGUGAAUGGCUCGGAAGGCCAAAUAUGGAGAGGUGCUACAGCAUCCCGUGUUCGUGUUGCUAGGCACCUAUCGCCUAAUAUUGUGGACAAUCUUGUCUCGAAGGGUACAGGUCUUGACCAGUUGCAUGGGCAGGCCGUUCAACUCUAGUAGUCACCUAUCAUGUCCCUGGGGGUUAGUAAAGUCUGGUUGACUCAAAUAAGGGCUGAGCUUAUUUUGUAUGGGGAGAAAAGUGGGCCCUAGAGCAGACUCGAGAAAAGAAAAGGCUGAGGGUGAGAUUACGGCUCCUGUUUAGACCCCCUGCUUUUGCUCCAGCAUAUCCUCUCCGUUGGAUAUCAGUUCACAUACUCUAUUCAAAAUCCGAGGCUGAUGGAUAUAACUUCGAUACUAUAUCCUUAAUGAGAAUAUCCAUGGACAUCCGCGAGGAUAUAAAGACAUAUUGCGGAGAUCAGCAUUAGCACAACUUUCGCUUAACUAUCUACUUGGA